AUUAGUUUACAAUGUGACAAACUGGCUUAACCUUUUUGCAGUUACUGUGAAAAAAAUAUUGUAAAGAUAUGAUCAGCUUACUGAAGGGAUACGCGUUCAUUGUCAAUAUAAGCAUGCGUUGAAAUCGAUGGUUAUCUUUAUCGAAUACAUAUAUAUAACAAAGAACACUAGUAGUUCAUUCAAUGUUUCACGUUUAUGGGUGUUGUAACAUGAUUGACUUUUGCUCGCGAAUGAACGCACGGAAAUUAGUAUAGUCGUGGAAAUAAAAGAUGCUGUUGUCUUGAAGGAUAAUAAAAUUCAAGAGUUUGCGAUGGAUUGGUGGACUUUUCAAAGGGAACCGAUGUUUGUCGAUAUUCAUUGUAAAUUGUGAUGGAGCUGAGCGAUGAACAAUGUUGCUUAUUUCCUCGUGCUUCAAAGACAUAGGGUAGCUUACGUUGUUGCUAGACGCUAAUAAUUGUUAGAAAAUUAAUGAGUGUAAUGCAUCCUUUCUUUUGUAUAAGCGGAUAUUGCUUCCCAUCGAUCAAUUGUCGAAAUACAAAGUAAAAUGUGCGUGAACAAACGUUAAUGUAUUGAGGAAUUGAAAAUAGCCUUCAAUCUGUAAAAAAGGAAACAUGAUUAUUAUAAAGUACUUGACUCCGAUAUAUUGAUGAAAUAAAAAAGAAUUGAAAGGAACGAUAAAAACAGCUUAAAAGUGAACUCGAAUGACCAGAGAAUUGUGGGAAAACGGGUCAACUAAAAUAUUUGUGUAUUAAUACAGGAUUAAAACAUUUGUUUGAAAAUAUUCUUUGCUAUCAAUACAACUAAUCGAUCGCGUAUAAGUGUUUUCCCUAGCUAAUUCUGUAUCCAUUUAUAUGAGUAAAUCAUGUGGACACUAUUGCAAAUGCGCUGAAUGAAAUUUGAUGUAAACAUAGAAAUAUGAAUAUGCUUUAAUAAGAUUUGCGGCAAUAAAAUAUAACCAAUAUGUGCUACCCCAGUCGAGAAACGAGCAUUGACGAAUUUCUCGCGGAAAUGGUGGAACUUUUAAAUUGCUACAACCAUGACCGCGGGAUUAAGACAAUGGCAGAUCCUGAUUGGCUGGAAGUGGUCGGUCAUCCUACAAUUCCUCACGUGCAGUCGCUGCGCGCGCCGCCCGCCCAGGUGGCGCUUCAUACUUCGAAAGAACAGUUGAUAGGUCUUACGUCACAGAAAGUCAGCAGACGGUACUUAGAAAAGUUGCAAAAAGAGCGGGAAAGGAACCAGGAAGUGCUAACCGAAUGCGUGGAACAUCUUCCCAUGGUUAUAAGACGGGUGGAAGAGGCGGAGAGGGAUGUACCCCGCCAACAGAAUCGUUUCCACGCGCGGCCAACAAAGGCCAAUGAGGCGAAGAACCCCUUCUGGCAAGAAAACAUGGACGAGUGGAUGAAACCCGAGCACCUUGAUCCGAUUCCGUCGCCGCGCUCGAAAUUCCGCCAACGCUUUAACGAGAUCACGAAGCCGUCUACAGGCAGAUCUCAGGAGCGACGGAAAACGGCGUCGCACGCCUCCUCCGACAGUGCCGCAGACAGCACAAUAUUGAAUAAGGAGUUCGUCCAUUAUAACGGCUUUCAGGGUAGCCAAGAGACGGACGUCAAUAAUCUCAAGUACAAGUUUGGCAAGAAGAAAUCUCACUCAGCCAUCGACGCAUCACGCCCGCCACAGUUUAACCCCAAAGGUUUCGGCAGCGUCUACGACGCGAUUGAAUUUGAACGGCGGUACAAGAAAGUCUACGACUCCAAUCAGAACGUGCAUUUCGUGCACUCGAAUUUCCUCACUGGACAGAGGAUAUUUAAACGUUCUAGACUGCCGCCCAUAGGCCAUAUCCAGUCUCCAGAAGCCGACGGUGUGAACGGCCGUGACAUAUUUGCCAUUAUGUCUGUCCAAAAAUACAAUCAUCCCAACGAAGCACUGCAAAAUCGCGGACCAAUGACGUCACCAAAAACUCAGCGGAAGACCGUACAUUCCAGAUUUCCAUCUCCUCCAUCAACAAAGUUGAAACAUCGUUUAGAGAUUUCUCAGCAAAUUGAUGUACCCGUCGGAUUCGUUCCGGGUACCGUUAAAUCAACCGGAAACACUCCCUUCGAUGGAGUAAACGGUCAACAAAGUGAUAUUUUUACCAAAGAUGGGGCUUACAAACUUCCGCUAUGGUCAUGCGAGGGUGAUAGCGCCAUCGGGACACUGACCGAAGAAACGAGCCAGUCCGAAGAAACCGGAAACAAGUAUGCGCUCUCCGCCACAAGCAAGCGAACAAACACUACGCACGUCACCGAUGACUCAAUCGCUAAACGAAAGAUAGGGAAAAAGAACAGCGGAGAGCGAACUAUAGAAAAGGAUGACCACGACGACCAAAGCAUUCCUGAUCAGGACGCUGAACCGUUCAAUAUUUCCGUUCACGUUGCAAUUAAGCAAAAAGAGAACGGGGCAAGUGGUGGGGACGACUUCGAAAGUUUACGCAUGCGCUCAAGACAACUUCCAGUUUUCAACUUCCCAGAUUACAUUGAACCGAAAGUCGGUAAUUCCGAAGAAGGAACACCGCGACGCAAUGAAAGAAAUGAAGAAAGGGUUAUUUAUCCAUCCAUGUCGCCAUACGACAAUACUGUGAUUAAAGAAAAUGGUGAUAAAGUUAUAAAAGCAACUAAUAUCUCGAUUGCCACUAAUCAGUAUGGAUUUAUCACACAUAAGGUCCAGUACCCGGAAAGGUUCGUUCUAAACGACUCGUUAGUCGAGGAAGACGAAGGAGAAGAAGACGACAGUAAUGAUGACGUCGCAGACGACACAUUGUAGAAUAAAAGACUGAAGCUUACACAACUUAAAUCAUAGUUGUUAGAUUUGAAGGUUCAGUUUUCGGCAUAGAAUACGUGUACAAGCAGGAAUAUUUUUGACAUUUUCUUACUGAAUGCACGGGCAACGAAACUAGGAAGCCGAUAAGAUAACGAUUGAAACUUCUGAUAAUCGCUGUUUCAUUUUAAUGUGCACUUUUUGGCACACAAUCUGGAAUGACUUGAGUAUUUUAUGACAUGUUUAAUAACAGAGGUGACAAUUAUGUAUACAAUUAAACCAGCUCUGUGUAGACAAAUAUAUGCGCAUGAGAGAGACACUAUUGGUUAACGAUACAAUUGUGCGUACAGAUAAUAGAACAUGAUCUCAGAACAUGACAUUUACAUAUGUAAUCAUAUUGGCCACACAUUUACAUAAUAACGCACUGUCUAUCUCGGCACAAUAUUUUUUAUUUUAAGUCAUUUAUUUAUGCGUAUUUGCAUAUGUUAAGCAAUGUUUGAUUCCGGAGUUACACACAUCAAGUAAGGAGUCAGAUUUAUAUAAAACUGGAUUUGCAUAAAUGAUGUAGUAUUACCGGUACAUUUAUUUAUAUGAGCGUUACGUCUUUAUUGACGAAAGGAAUAGUUAUUUAUAGUGUUGUUGACUUUUUUAUGUUUAUUUAUAAAAAAAAUUCCAUGGAG